CUCAUCCAGUCAGCCUCUUAUUUUGUCAGAAACCAAAACGAAAUGAGACUGAAAAAAAAAAAAAACAGAGAAGGAAAGAGCAGCCUUCAUGGGUGAUGAUGGUGGACUGGUGGUGGUCAUGCUGCUCAAGUGAACGGGAAUGGGAAUUUGCUAGAUUUGGAGUUUAUCCAGCUGGGUUUUCAGACUUUUGUUUCGACUCUCUCUUCUCUACUACUUUUUUUUUUUUUUUGAAUAACUCUCUUCUCUACUACACUAUAUAUUUCUAAUUUGUUUCUUUUUCGGUAUGCGGUUUUGUUUUUUUGGUUCAUUUCAUUUCCACAACUUUACCCAGUUAAUUAAUUAAUGCCAACCCCCUCUUUCCUUUUCAAUUUUGCUUUCACUUUACUGUUUCUCUCUCUUCACUUCAACCUUUUCUUGCUUCGUUCUCCUUCCAUUCAUAUCUCUCUCUCUUUCUGAAUGUGUGCGACUCUGUGUGUGGUUUCCUCCAUUGCAAACCAAGCUUCCUUCCCUUUCCAGCCUUUUUUCUGAGAGCUCCGUCUCUCUUUCUCUCCCACAGACCCACCAACUAACUUUCCCAAUCGUAUUGCUUUUCGGCCCCCAUUUUCUCUCUAUUUUUUGGCCAUAUUUAUGUUGCUGCUGCAGCAGUCCCGUACCUUUUUCUUCUUCUUCUUCUUCUUCUCCUUCUUCUUCUUUCUCCAUUGUACAAUAUUUGUCUAGCUUCUAAGAUUGGCAUUCCCUGUUCGUUUAUUUUCUGGCCUCUACCCCUUUCUCUCCGCACCUUAUUUGUGUCCCUUUGGCCCACAUUUUGGGUUGCUUUCUGAAAGACUCAUCAUUCUCUGAAACUGUGGUGGUGGGUUGCUAUUUACCAAAGGGAUUUCUGGGUUUUGGUGGGUUCGUGUUGGUCUUGAGGUCUGCAUUGGCCAAUCUAUGCUUAUUGAGCCUCACUUGCUUCAUAAAGGAGACGCCCUUUCUUUCCUCCUCUGGCUGCUCAAGGAAGAAGAUCAAGGGGGCUAGCUAUAUCCCACCUUCCGGAUUUCUUCACACGAGGUGAAAAUAAGCUCUUCUUCCCUCCUAGCUUUCCUCUUCUCUUCUUUCUGAGUGACUCAAAUUUCUUUUUUCACCUGCCUCUUACUUGGAUCCUAAGUGAUGCUUCUUGUGAGCUUUUAUUCCUUUUUCACUUGUUUGGAACUGUGGCUUACUGAGCAUUGCCUCGUUGAAAUUUGGUAUGAAUUUCCCCUUCUUUUCGAUGUUCAAGAGUUCCAUGAGAAAAGUUGUCGAUUUACCUCUUCCGAGGAUUAAUGCUAUUCUCUGCGAAGCAUUUUAUGGAACAGCGAAUGGUACUGCAAUUACUCUGAAUCUGGGAUUUGGUUUUGCUGUUCUUAUCAACUCUCCGUCUUCUUUUCCUUCUUUUAUGUUUGAUUCCUUCAGUGUAAGUUAGUCCCUGCAUUCUCCCUUUUAAUGUUGAAUGACUGAAAUUCAGAGUUUGCUUUCCCUGUCAUAGUUAAGGUUUGCCUCAUACAAGCACAAUCACAUCCUAGCUGUAUUGUUCAAGGUCCAUUUGGUUUUCAUUCCUGAUUUCCAUCGACCAAAACACUCAAAUUGUGUUGCCUUUUUCAUUUCACUAUUAUUUGAUAUUCAGGUGGGAAUAUUCUAAUCUUUUUAUUGUCUGAAUUGGGAAGGUACACCGCAGUUUCUAUCAAAUCAGAGAAGGAUCAGCAAUGUCGUCUGAGAGUUUGAAUACUGAGUUGACCAAGAAGACAUCAAUUUUGGGUUUGAAACUCUAUGUGUUGAUCGGGAUAUCAGUAGGUGCAUUCAUAGUUUUGAUUCUUUGCGUCCUGUCAGUAUGGGCUUUUCGUAGGAGAUCUAGAAGAUCAAUGAACCCCCUCUCUCAGAUACCAAAUGUUUCAAAAGAUAUUAGGGUUGACAGGGUUGGGGCUAAUCAGAGUUACAGUGAUCAGCCUGAUAGUCUAUUCCUCAAUAUCAAUGAUAAAUCAAGCGAUAAGAAUUCAGGUAAGAUGAUUGGUCACUUGGGGAUGAGCAAAUCAAGUGAUCCUGAUAACAUCAGUCAAUGCAGCUCAGUUUUUCAUCACGAGAAAGGAUUUAGCUCUCAAUCUGGGGAAGAAGGAAGCUCUGGGACCGUGAGGAAGCAAUCCUCAUAUCCAGGACUUGUGACAGCCUCACCCUUGGUUGGCUUACCAGAAUUCUCACAUCUCGGGUGGGGUCAUUGGUUUACUCUUAGGGAUCUUGAGUUUGCCACAAAUCGUUUUGCCGCUGAGAAUGUGCUCGGCGAGGGUGGUUAUGGGGUUGUUUACAAGGGAAGACUGAUUAACGGAACUGAGGUUGCUGUGAAGAAAAUUCUCAACAAUGUGGGACAGGCAGAAAAGGAAUUCAGAGUUGAAGUGGAGGCCAUUGGUCAUGUGCGUCAUAAGAAUCUUGUUCGUCUUCUUGGAUAUUGUAUUGAAGGGGUUCACAGGAUGCUUGUGUAUGAAUAUGUGAACAAUGGCAACUUAGAGCAGUGGCUUCAUGGGGCGAUGCGCCAUCGCGGUAUACUCACUUGGGAGGCUAGAAUGAAAGUUCUUCUUGGGACUGCAAAGGCGCUUGCUUAUUUGCAUGAAGCCAUAGAGCCUAAAGUUGUACACCGUGACAUAAAAUCAAGCAAUAUCUUGAUUGAUGAUGAGUUUAAUUCCAAGGUUUCUGAUUUUGGGUUGGCAAAGCUCCUGGGUGCAGGAGAGAGUCACAUCACAACAAGAGUUAUGGGUACAUUUGGAUAUGUUGCACCAGAAUAUGCAAAUACUGGCUUGUUGAAUGAGAAGAGCGACAUUUAUAGCUUUGGGGUACUGCUGCUAGAAGCAGUCACAGGCAGAGAUCCUGUGGACUAUGGAAGGCCUGCUAAUGAGGUCAACCUUGUGGAGUGGCUUAAGAUGAUGGUAGGGACAAGGAGAGCUGACGAAGUUGUGGAUCCAAAUCUAGAAGUAAAACCUGCAACUCGUGCUCUAAAACGAGCUCUCUUGGUUGCACUUCGCUGUGUGGAUCCUGAUUCGGAAAAGAGACCGAAAAUGAGUCAGGUAGUGCGGAUGCUUGAAGCUGAAGAGUACCCUUUCCGUGAGGACCGUAGAAAUCGGAAGAGCCGAACAGCAAGCAUGGAAAUUGAAUCGAUGAAGGAAUCGGCAGAAUUUGAAAGCAAGGAAGGGUCGGAGUCAGCUGAGGGCGAGCUGGUAGUAUCUGAAAAAGUUAAAGGUUAGGUGGAUAACCAGCUGUGUGCACCAACAAAUGCUAAAGGGAAAGAGAAAGAGACUCGGGUUUCUCGCAGAUAUUGCAAGCUUUUGAAUAACUUAUAUACCUGAUCAUACGAGAAGGUAUAAAAAGAAGGCUGGAAACUGUGUGCUUUCCAUGGAAAUUGGCCACCCCAUACCCGGAAAGUUUUCCCGCAAGUGCAUUUUAUCAGUUGGGUUGCAUAUGAUACUAUGGACAACCGAGGAUUGCCUUGGCAUAUAUAUAUAUUAUUAUGAAGAAGAGAUGUUUGCAAGUCGUACCUGGGUACCUUCAUGAUAUUCAUGUUGAUUUUCAGGCUGGUGUGCAUUAGAGGGAGAGAGAAAGGUUGGUUUAUGUACAGGAGAGGGUUUUGGUCUCUGGUGAGUCUUCCAAAAAGGGUCUUAUUUGUUUUUGUUUUAUUUCAACUUUAAUGGAUGAAGUACUAUUCUGAUUCUAAUGCAGAGGUGUGGAAUAUCUAUUCUUUGGUUAUGGUCUUCCCUGGUUAUGCUGCAAUUUUGUUCCUACUUUUCUGUUUCGGUUUUCAUGUUUGUUUAUGAUUACGUAAAGGUGGUAAUAGGUUCGGUUAAACCCGGAACCGUUUAGUUGGUUCUUGGUUAACCGUUAAGUAAUAAGCAUUUUGUGCUAACAAUUAAUUGUACCAUUUAUAUUAUAUCAUUAACUAUAAUUAUAUAGUCGGUUCUUGGUUAUUUUGUCUAUUACCUAAACUAGUUUUUUGGCCCGCGCUUUACCGCGGUAGCCGGUAUAAAACUAAUUAAAUUUAUAAUUUUAUUCACUUAUUUCAUGAUUUAAUUAAUCAAAUAAUUUAUAAAGUAGUCGUCUAAAAUAGUUCCAUAAUCUUUGUAUAAUGUCUUAACUAUUAGGAAAAACCGACAUAGUACAUUCCUUUAUCUAAAAAAAAAUAAUUAUUACUUUAUGAGUUUUACGCAAUAUAUUUGAAAUUUACUUAAUUGUUUUAGAAUAGUGUUAUGUAAAUCUUUCGUAAUGUAAGCCAUGACAAUAAAAUCAAGUUACCGGUAAGUCUCACGAUUAAACUAUUGAGGAAAAUUUAAGUUAUCUUAUGAAACUUGUGUGUAACGCAAAUUGAUGAGAUGAUAAACAUUCUAGCCAUUAAUAAAGAAAAGUAUCUAAUUUGAUUAAAACUUUAUGUAAAACUAAUCGACCAUACAAAAAUUUUGUGUAAUCACAAUUAAUGAGAUGACCAACAAUUGAAUUAAAUUUGGGGAUUUCAUUCAAACUUCUAAUAAGAAAGUAGAGUAUUAGUCAUUAAAGAAGACUGAUGUAGUGCAUUACGUUUGAUUAAUAUGGAAUAACUAUCCCUAUGUAUGUUUGACGUAAUGUAUUUGUGAUUUAUAUAUUGUUAUGUAAUAGUGUUAUGCAAAUCUUUUGUAAUAUGUUGUCUAAUAAUACUGUGCUUUACGACAUAAAAUCAACCAUUCCUCCCAUUUAAAGCCAACUCCACAUCUUACCCGUUUUCUAGCUGUAGAGUUGGUCACUUGGUAUUAACAAAAUACACAUAAACUGGUUAAGGAAUAAUAACUCCCGGAGAUAAUUUGCUUCUCCUUGGUGUAAUAUUAUUGAAUUUCCUUAUGUAACUAUUGAAGUUUUCAUUUUAAUACCCUCCAUUCUUUAUAAAGAACUGUAACUAUUGAAGUUUUCAUUUUAAUACCCUCCAUUCUUUAUAAAGAACUUUAAAAAGU